AAAUUAUGUCCAAAAUUGUAUCACAUUUGUUUUGAUCCAAUUGGUGAACAUAAAAAAAUACGUUCAUUAUUUGGUUUUUUUCUUGGUUUAAUAUUAUCAAUAAUAUUUUACAUAACAAUAAUCAUUGAUUUGGAAUUUGAUAAAUACACAACACUUGUUCUUGGUGGAAUUGUUAUAAUUAUGUUGUCAAUUGGUUGUGCAUCAUCAAUUCAGGUGAGAUGUAUCAGCAUACUGACGAUACCAGUAUUUUUUGGUCGUGCUGGUAGAGCCAUGUUGAAAGCUCUUGUUCUUGGAUAUGUUAUUGCUGGACCAAUAUUCAAUUUGACAUACAAUGGCAAAGAAGUUGUUCGUACAUUUGCCUGCUCAACUCAACUUACAUAUAAUUUAACCAAGACACGUUUUGACUUGAUGUUUAAACCUUUUCAACAGGCAAUGAAAAGUAUGAAGAGUAAUGCAAAUGAAGUCAAGGAUACUUUGGCUUCUGUACGUGACUUGAUGAGCCCAAUUGUUGAAGAGAUUGAAGGUGAAGAAGAAAUGAAAAGGCUCAAAGAGGAGAAUGAUUAUCUUGAUGCACUUCAUGAUGAUACCAAGACAAGUGAUGAGAUUGCAAAUAAAAUACGUAGAAAAAAAAAUAUAAAUGGUGAUUCAGGACAAUUGUAUGAAGCUAAAUACAAAGAAAAAAUACAAUUGAGAUGUCAACAACAAUUAAAUCGUGGUGUUGAAAAAUGCAGAGACAUGUUUAGUAGUGCAUAUGAUAAAUGUGAAGAGACAGUUAGUUGGAUUGCAUCUUGGUUACUUUGUUGGCCAAUGAAAUUGACUUUUGUUUGUAACAUUGUUCAAGCCUUGGGUGGAGAUAGCAUUUGUGAUCCUGAUGGUAAAGUUGAUCUUGGAAUUGGUCAAACAUAUGCCGAUUUAAAGGAAACGAGAAAUAAAUUAAGUGGAGGUUUCAAAGACACGAUAAUGCAGUAUAAAAUUAAAAAACCACAAUUAAUAAUUGAUUUACGUGGUGCUGAUGAUACUGCAAAAGCGAUAAUGCAUGAUUUUAAUGUUAGACGUCAAUUAUUUGACUCAAUAAUGACAAUAAUAAAACGUUGUUUGGCAUUUGUAUUUUUAAAAAUAAUCAUAAGUGCACAAAAUUAUCAUGACAGUUAUUUAACUGAUAUUGAACAUGAUAAUCAUUACAUAACAACGUAUUUUCGUAAAAUUGAUGCUAGAAGAAAAAUGAAAAAUUGUGUAAAUAUUCUGCCACUUAAAAAAAUUGAAAUGUCGAAAUUUGUUGAUCCAUACAGAUUUAAACAGGGUCAAAUUGAAAAAAGAAAUUUAACUGGACAAACUAUUAAAUUAAUAUUGGAAAUGAUAACAGCAACGACAUUUGUUUUGUUGGAUCAUUUAUUUUUUGAAACACUUGAUUUAAUCAGGAGGCAUGGUUACAUUAAAUACACACAGGCUGGUCAUCAUGAUUUAAGUAUUGAUGUACGUGGUACAGGAUUUAUAGCAUCAAUGAUACGUAAUAUAGUUGAUAGUUUUAAUAUAAAAAAAAGAAUAAAAAUGGUUGUAUCAAAUAGUGCAUGUUUACCACGACCAAGCAAAUUACAAAAUUACAUAUUCAUUAAAAUAUAUGGUACAUAUAUAGCAAUAUGGUUUAUGUUAUUUUUCGGUGCUUAUACACAAAGACUACGUCGUUUAAUAUGUUCCUAUUACUAUCGUAAACGUGAAAAAAGAAGAAUAUUAUAUUUAUACAAUGAAACACUUAGACGCAGAUUGAGACAUUUUCGUUUUAUGAAAUCACGAGUUAAAUCACAAGUUAGAGCACAAUUACUUGAGCGUGAUAUGGAUCCAUGGGUUGCAUUGACAUUGAAAUUACCAAAAUUAUUUUCAUGGUUGAGAUUAUUUUCAUUUGCACGUUUUAAAUGUCUCAUUUGUGGUGAAGCUGAACCACGUCGAAAUUCAAAGUACCACAAAUGUUAUACACCUGGAUGUUUAUUUAUUCAUUGUCCAGAAUGUUGGCGUGAUGUUGGUGGUAUUUGUUUUGCAUGUGCUGAAUUACCAGAUAGUGAUUCAGACAGCUAUGAUACAAAUAUUCAAACAUAAAUUCAUACCCAUUCGUGUUUCAAUAUAAUUAUAUAAUUUUAAAUCAAUCUGCACGAAAAAAUAUACCAGUAAAAUUGCGAGCUAACGUAUGUAUAUAAGACAAGCCAGUG